AUGAACGUGUCCGAUAUUGGAAACAGAAGCAAUCUCACCAGACUGCCACUCAAUGAUUCAUGCGACGUCCUCUGGAGCGACAGUUUUGCGAGGUCAAUAACCGUCGCGUACGUCGUACUCGGCAUGGCCGGAGUCUUUGGCAACGGAUUUGUUGUCGUUCUCGUCUCCGUUGCUCGCCGUCUUCGCCACGAUCCGCCCAACAUCCUCUUGGCCAACGUCGCUCUCAUCGAACUUGUCUACUUUCUUUCCAGCCACCCGAUUACCAUUUGGAACACCAUCUCUAGCGGUGCGUUGGAAUCUCAUCAUUCCCUUUGUCAAGUACAGGGAUUUCUCAUCACCAUGCUUGUUCCUCUCUGCUGGGUUGCACACGCUCUGAUGAGUCUUGAGAAGUACUGCAACUUAGCAACACGUUUUCGAGGUUUCUUUAGUACCAGGAAAUCUGUGAUAUCUAUAAUGUGGAGCUGGAUUUUUUGUGCCGGAUUUGCUGUGUUUCCUCUUGUCGGAUACGGUCGAUACGAAUUGACAGCAACUCGUUUGGCUUGUAUUGGGGCAAUGCACAACUUCGGACAGCCUGUCUUCAUAUACAUGAACAUUCUUCUAGUAGCUUGCUUUAUAAUAACGGCUUGGUCUUAUGGAGGUCUCUACCAAGUUGUGAAAAGAUUGCGAAAACGCGCCUCUAAUAGAAAAUCAGAGCACGUGGUAGGUGGCAUAAACAUGGAUCCAGAUCGCCAAAAAUCCAUCGCUGGUGGUGCGUUACCAAAACGUGACAGAUCGUCAAGCAUAACAUCUCAGCUUGCUGAAACAUUUCACACAGCUAUAACAAUAUUUAUAUCUGUGAUCCUCUUCACGGUAGCGUUUGUUCUAACGGCAAUUGCUGAAAUCGUUUUGUCAGUCUACUAUCCCAACCCUCUGGCAGCUUGUGAAGUUUCCAGCAAUCCAAAAUUUAUCAUGGCAAACCUUCACAUCUUUAUAGUUGAUUUUGUGCUCGUCAUCAACCCGUAUGUCUACUCACUUCGGAAUCGAUCGAUGCGAAAACACAUCAUGAAGUCUCCACAUAUUUUUCGUUCGCUGUGGGCUUUCAUAACUGGGAAAAAAGCUCGAGUACGUCAGCACGGCAGCAGUACUUAA